UGUGUGUGUGUCCUUGAUCAGCAGAAUAUAAAAGUCAAAGUCGGGUGGCAGCAUCAGAGCAGACGGGGAUCAACAGAAGUCUUCAUUCAGCUGCUCAACCAACAACGAAGCAGCAGCAAUAAGAGGAAGAAGAGGAGACAAGAACCCAAGAGCAGCGACGAUGUGUCCCGUGUGGUUGCUGGUGGCCGUGGUGAUUGUGGGCGGGGCUGAAGGAGCGGUCGGCCAAUGCUGGAAGCAUCCCAGCUGCCAGGAGCUGGACUCAGAGAGCAGCAUGACGGAGUGCCUCCAGCUCUGCCGCUCUGACCUCACCGCCGAGACGCCCCUCAUCCCGGGCGGCUCCCACCUCCAGCCCCCUCCUCCCUCAGACCCCUUCUCCUUCAUCUCGCCGUCCCCCCAGACCAAACGCUCCUACUCCAUGGAGCACUUCCGCUGGGGGAAGCCCGUCGGCCGCAAACGUCGCCCCGUCAAGGUCUACGCCCCCAACGGCGUGGAGGAGGAGUCCUCCGAGGUGUUCCCAGGCGAGAUGAGGAGGCGGGAGCUGGCCAAUGAGCUGCUGGCGGCCGCGGCGGAGGAGGAGGAGAGGGCCGAGGAGGCCAUGGAGGAGGUGGAGGAGGAGCGUCAGCACCUCCUGGCCGGCCUGCAGGAGAAGAAGGACGGCUCCUACAAGAUGAAGCACUUCCGCUGGGGCGGCCCCCCCGCCAGCAAACGCUACGGCGGCUUCAUGAAGAGCUGGGAGGAGGAACGGCAGAAACCGCUGGUGACGCUCUUCAAGAACAUCAUCAACAAGGACGAGCAGAAGUGAGACGGUGUCUCCAUGAAUGAUCAGCACGCAGCAAAGAGUUCUGGUUUGGUUCACAAUAAAAGACUCUGAAACUGCUUUGGAGGGAAAUGCAAGGAUUUUUACUGUUGUAAAUAGUUAUAUUCUUUAAAUGAAAAGAGAUUUAUUUGCAAGCAA